UAUUAUUUUCAGAUAGAUUGAACCGUCAUAGGGAAUCGAUUGAAGAAAAUGGCGACGGAAAUGCAGCCUGCUAUGGCUGAUGAUAAACAGAGUGAUGUUACUAUUGUACGUGGACAACUGUUUACAUGUGGACCUCGCUAUACUGGACUACAGUAUAUCGGAGAGGGUGCGUAUGGAAUGGUUGUUUCGGCUCACGACAACGAAACUAAAACUAAGAUUCUACGUGAUCUAGCGGAGGUUCAUCUCAUAGGCAGGUUUAUCAGAGUAAUUAGCGCUACAGAUCCUAAGAAGAAUAUUCUCCGUGGACUGAAGUAUAUACACUCAGCUAACGUACUGCACAGAGAUCUCAAACCUUCAAAUCUUCUGUUGAACACAACAUGCGACCUUAAGAUUUGUGAUUUUGGUCUGGCCCGUGUAGCAGAUCCAGAUCAUGAUCAUACUGGGUUCCUCACAGAAUACGUUGCUACCAGAUGGUACAGAGCCCCAGAAAUUAUGCUGAAUUCAAAGGGUUACACUAAAUCUAUUGAUAUCUGGUCUGUUGGUUGUAUCCUGGCUGAGAUGUUGAAUAACCGACCAAUAUUCCCUGGAAAACACUACCUGGAUCAACUCAACCAUAUCCUGGGUAUCCUGGGCUCCCCCUCCCAGGAGGAUCUCAAGUGUAUCAUCAACGACAAGGCCAGGAGCUAUCUACAGACUCUACAGUAUAAACCUAAGGUCCCCUGGGCCAAGAUCUACGAGAAUGCUGACAGGAACGCCCUGGAUCUGCUGGAGAAGAUGUUAACCUUCAACCCUCACAAGAGGAUUCUAGUUGAGGAUGCUCUAGCCCAUCCUUACCUUGAACAGUAUUAUGACCCGGCUGAUGAACCUGUAGCAGAAGAACCGUUCAGGUUUGAGAUGGAGCUUGAUGAUCUACCGAAGGAGAAACUGAAGGAAUUAAUCUACGAGGAAACUGCAAACUUUACUCCUCGACCUUUAGUUGAUCAGGCAGAACCCAUGCAGUGAAUAUUCAACUUAGAUCAAGCAGAACUCAUGCAGUGAAUAUUCAACUUAGAUCAAGCAGAACUCAUGCAGUGAAUAUUCAACUUAGAUCAAGCAGAACUCAUGCAGUGAAUAUUCAACUAGAUCAAGCAGAACUAAUGCAGUGAAUAUUCAACUUAGAUCAAGCAGAACUCAUGCAGUGAAUAUUUAACUAAGAUCAAGCAGAACUCAUGCAGUGAAUAUUCAACUUAGAUCAAACAGAACUCGUGCAGUGAAUAUUCAACUUAGAUCAAGCAGAACCCAUGCAGUGAAUAUUCAACUUAGAUCAAGCAGAACUCAUGCAGUGAAUAUUCAACUAGAUCAAGCAGAACUCAUGCAGUGAAUAUUCAAUUAGAUCAAGCAGAACUCAUGCAGUGAAUAUUCAACUUAGAUCAAGCAGAACUCAUGCAGUGAAUAUUCAACUUAGAUCAAGCAGAACUUAAGUACUGAAUAUACUCUACAAUCUACAUAGACCUUCCUAGCUGACUCUGCGGCCGUAUUUUACAGAAUUUUAAUGUUCCAAGAUUUAGGGUUUUACUAAAUAAAACGUCACCAUAAGUAAAAGUAACAAAAAGUAACGUUUAUCAUACAGUUAGAAUUCCUGGAAAAAAAUAAAUCAAGAAGUGAAACAUUUUUUGGGGUUUUUACUUACUUAUUUAAACCUUGUCUCGAACCAAAGGACUAUCUCGUCAGACGUUUAAGAAGCUUGAAACCACAAACCAAAAAGGAUAAAGCAUCCCAGAUGCAUAAAUUCAGUUUUCUCUUCCAAGCUUUUCAAAACUUGAUCUUAAUAUAUACUUUUGUUGCAUUACUGGCACAUCAAAGCAAUUAAACAUUUUUUCAUCAAUUAAUCUAUAGUAUUCCUAUCAGUAAUUUUGUGAGGCCAAUUAAAAUUAACAAACUGCUAUUCUCAGUCCCAAUUUUUGUUUUUAUUUUCACCAUUAGCUUCGAAAAUUUGAAAAUGCAUGCCUCUUUUCUAAAAAAGAAUGAUGAGCGGGGGCUCUAAUCCUAUUUUACAAUUUAGGUUUAUCAGCUUGCAAGAAAAAACUUACCUGAGCCAGUGUCAAUUUAAAUUAUAUGAGUUUGUUAUAAAAAGCUAAUCAAUCUAUCAAUCAAUAAUCUGGAAUUAAAGAUAAAUUUUUAGUGGAGCCAACUUUAAACAAAUCUUUUAAUGAUAAUAUUAGUUUGUGAUUGAAACCGUUCUGUACUGCUGUACACGUACGGUGAUGUAGAAUUUAUGAUGGAAUAUCAAUACAGCUCGAAAUUGUACUGCAAAGUGCAGCUUUUAUUGUACUGUGUACAUUGAAAUUGAAUGUCAUUAAGCCCAAUUUUAUAAAUAUUUUUUGUUGUUUUAUUCUGCUUUUUCUUGUCUGUUAGCUGUUCACCAUUAUUACUGUACAGUUUAAGUGACACGCACAUUAUCUUUUCUUGUUUUUAAUGUAUUAAAAUUAGUUUUUUUUUACUUAAAAACAAUUAAAUCUUUAUUGUCCAGCGUAUUCAAAAUUGUUUAAAAGCGUAACAUCUAAAAAAAUGGUAUUGCAUCAUUGUACGUAACCAUUUUGUACAAGAGGAAACCGGUGUACAUACAAAGGACUGGAUAGAAUGGCAAUUAUGUACAAAAAUUAGAUAAUUAAGCUAAUUAUAUUCAAGUUUAUUGAAUACCAUGAGAAAGUAUUCAAGAUAUUUUUAAACUGCUGCAUUUUAAGUCUUCUUGUUGAUAAAUUAUAUAUAUACACAUAUAUAUGUUUAAUAAGUAUUUUAUUCAAAUAAAUGUUAAAAUUUUU